CACGAAUUUGCCGUUGAUAUAAACGUUGAUAGAUUAGAGCUGAAACCAGUUACAACGUGAGGCGGAAAGAUACUGCUAGAACAUCGAACACUUGGCUGAACAGUGGUGAAAAGAGUUCUUAAGCCAUGAAGACUGAUAUCCGUGCCUAUUUCUUAGUUGCGAUCGGGCUCACAGCAGUGCUCGCACCGGUCCCCACCAACGGCCAGAUGGGAGACAUAGCACGCCCGAUCGAGAGUAAAGAACUUAAAUGUCUGGUGUGCAAGGCGUCCAUGGCGGAAAUGGAACUGGCCGCGUCGAAGGUCGACCGGCACAAAAAAGUCGAGGUCGGUGAUUACCGGCUCGACACGACCGGUGAGUCGAAGAAAAAGAAAAAGAUACUGUACGCCAAGUCAGAAAUGUUUCUCACGGAGAUGAUGGAAUCGGUGUGCGACCGGAUGGACGACUACGCCAAGGCUCGAUACAAGAAGACGGGCCGACCAGUCGUGAUGAAGAUGAUGACCGACGGCGGCAUGAAUCCCGAAAUGUCGAACGUCAACUUUGUGCAGGAAGGCGAUCUAAAUAAGACACUGAAGCACCUUUGUCUGGAGGUCGUGGAAGACUACGACGAGGAAAUCAUACGCAUGUUCCAGGAGGAGGUCGUGAAGGAUACCGAUAUUCGGUUAUGCUCGCAGGUUGCCAACUACUGCCGUGAUCAACCGCUCGAUGAGGAAUACGAGUACGAGCAGGGUGAGGAGGAGCGCGACGAGCUUUAACUGCAUCGCAGGACCACCGAUCAGAAGUGCACCGUCCACCAGUACGAUGUUCUGAAUGGCCGAAGUAGUUUGCCAAUGGUUUUAACGUCCAUUAAAUUUCCAUUGCAUAGCAACACAUAACGCUUCAGUUACCUUCGGUUUCGAGUGGACCGAAUCAGAACUAAUUAGAUUAUUGUAAAGCAUUUAAGGGGCCAUGGUGAUACAACAGUAGAGGAAUGCUGAAUAAACAC